AUGGAGAACCUAACCCUAGUUUCUUGCUCAGCUUCUUCUCCUAAGCUGUUAAUCGGAUGCAACUUCACUUCCUCGCUUAAAACCCCAGUAGGGUUAUCUCGUCGGACUCCUAAAAUUGUCUUCCGCUGCUCCAAAAUCUCAGCUUCUGCUCAAUCUCAUUCUCAACCUCCCUCGUCCCUUCCGGAAAAUGAAGCCGUGGUUGUGAGACAUAGAAGCAAAGCCUUUGCAAGUAUUUUUUCAUCGAGUCGUGAAAAACAGACAACUUCUGUUGCUCCCCCUAGUGUGCCUGUGCCACCACCGUCUUCAUCAACCAUAGGAUCACCACUUUUCUGGAUUGGUGUUGGAGUUGGGUUAUCAGCUUUGUUCUCAUUGGUAACUUCAAACUUAAAGAAAUAUGCAAUGCAAACAGCUAUGAAGACAAUGAUGAACCAGAUGAACACACAAAAUAGCCAGUUUAAUAAUCCUGGAUUCCCAUCAGGAUCACCUUUUCCGUUUCCAUUUCCUCCUCAACCUAGUCCUGCUUCCUCGCCAUUCCAGUCUCAGUCACCAUCUUCAGGUGCUACUGUUGAUGUGAUGGCGUCAAAAGUUGAUACUCCUCCAUCAACUAAACCACAACCUAAGCCUGCAAAGGAUAUAGAAGUGGAUAAGCCGAGUGUUGUUUUAGAGGAAAACAAAGUGAAGAAAGAAGAAAACAACUAUGCCUUUGAAGACGUUUCACCUGAGGAAACCACAAAAGAAAGCCCAUUUAGCAACUAUGCUGAAGUCUCUGAGAGUAGUGCUCCCAAAGAAACUCGCUUGUUUGAGGAUGUUUUGCAAAAUGGAGCUGGUCCGGCAAAUGGUGCGACUGCUUCAGAGGUUUUUCAAUCUUUGGGCGGUGGGAAAGGAGGGCCGGGUUUGUCAGUAGAAGCUUUAGAGAAAAUGAUGGAAGAUCCAACAGUUCAGAAGAUGGUUUACCCAUACUUGCCUGAAGAGAUGAGGAACCCGGAAACUUUCAAAUGGAUGCUUAAAAACCCUCAGUACCGUCAACAGUUACAAGACAUGUUGAAUAACAUGAGUGGGAGUGGUGAAUGGGAUAAGCGGAUGACAGAUACCUUGAAGAAUUUCGACCUGAAUAGUCCUGAAGUGAAGCAACAAUUCAAUCAAAUAGGACUGACUCCAGAAGAAGUCAUUUCUAAGAUCAUGGAGAACCCUGAUGUUGCCAUGGCAUUCCAGAAUCCUAGAGUCCAAGCAGCCUUAAUGGAAUGCUCAGAGAACCCAAUGAACAUCAUGAAAUACCAGAACGACAAAGAGGUAAUGGAUGUGUUCAACAAGAUAUCGCAGCUCUUUCCAGGAAUGACGGGUUGAUAAAAAAGCUCACGCCUUUUGGUUUGUUAAUCUUCUUGGCUCAAAUGUCACCAUGUCUUUAGAUUUUUGUAGGAGAGAAACACUUCUUUUUUUUUUGGUGAGAGAGUUCAGUUUUUUUGGUCAGAUCAGAGAAUUGUGUAACCCAUAUUUAUUUAUCCCCAUCUCUAUAUAUUGAAGUCACGGUUCUACUCUU